AUGGAUGAUAUUAGAGAACUGAUCGUGAAACGUCUUCAUCUUCUCCUUCAAGUCAAUUUGUUGACCGGUCUCACUAAUCUGCCCAGCCGCCUUUUUGAUGGCCGUCUGGGCGGCAGCCCUGAUCUGAUGUUCGGCGGUGGAGUUGAACGUCUUAACGGCGCCGGGAAGUCCGGUGACUGCAGUCUGAAGGUCAUGUUUGACCGUCUUAAAUUUGUCAUCAAGCGUUUUAACCUCAUCCCUCACCACCGCCAACUUGCUGUCCACGGCUUGGGCGGGGCUUUCAUCUUUGCCGGGAGGGACGGAUUUGCUGGUCGCCUGGUUAUGCUGCUCGUGAAGCGUCUUUGCAAUCUUUAG